AUGAACAUAGUACAAAAUAGCAUAUUCUUGUCAAAUCUGCUGAGAAGCAGCCCUGUGUUCGAACUGAAGUACGACCACUCAUGUGAACUGUACCGCAUGUCCACAUACUCGACAUUCCCCGCAGGCGUCCCCGUGUCCGAGAGGAGCCUGGCCCGUGCCGGCUUCUACUACACGGGCGCCAAGGACAGGGUCCGGUGCUUCUGCUGCGGCCUGAUGCUAGACAACUGGAAGGCUGGGGACAGCCCCACGGGCAAGCACAGAAACCUGUACCCGAGCUGCAGCUUUAUCCAGAAUCUCAGUGCUGUCAGCACGGUGGGGGCUGCCUCUCAGCCCCCUGCCCCUUUGUCGGAGGCCAGGUCCACACAUGCACAAUCCCCUGGCCUGGAGCGCAGCAGCUAUUUCAGCGCAUCCUACUCCAGCUUCCCUGUGGACCCUGUCGACUUCAGACCCAGUCCAGCCAUGUCCCCCUGGAGGGCAGGCCCCUCCUGCGUCACCAUGAAGAGCGAGGAGGACAGACUGUGCACCUUCCAGGGCUGGCCCCUGGCCUUCCCACUGCCGUCGGCCCUGGCCAGAGCCGGCUUUUACUAUGUGGGGCCCGGGGACAGGGUGGCCUGCUUUGCCUGUGGUGGGAAGCUCAGCAACUGGGAGCCGGAUGAUGAUGCUUUGUCGGAACACCUGAGACACUUCCCCGACUGCCCAUUUGUGGAAGGUCAGCUUCAAGCCACUGUGAGAUAUACAGCCUCCAACUUGAGCAUGCAAACCCUCGCGGCCCGCUCCAGAACCUUCUGUAACUGGCCACCCCGAGCUCCUGUUCACCCUGAGCAGCUUGCUAGUGCUGGUUUUUAUUACAUGGGUCACAGUGAUGAUGUCAAGUGCUUCUGCUGUGACGGUGGACUGCGGUGUUGGGAGUCUGGAGACGACCCGUGGGUGGAGCACGCCAAGUGGUUUCCCAGGUGUGAGUACUUGAUACGCAUCAAAGGACAAGAGUUCAUCAGUCAGAUUCAAGCCAGUUACCCUCAUCUACUUGAACAAUUGUUAUCUACCUCAGACAACACAGAGGAUGAAAAUACUGAGUCACCAAUUGUCCAUUUUGGACCUGGAGAAUACCAUUCAGAGGAUGCAGUCAUGAUGAACACCCCGGUGGUGAUGGCCGCCUUGGAGAUGGGCUUCAGUAGGAGCCUGGUGAGGCAGACUGUGCAGAGUAAGAUCCUGAGCACUGGAGAGAAUUACAGAACGGUUAAUGAGAUCGUGUCUGACCUACUCCACGUGGAAGAUGAAAUAAGGGAGGAGGAGAAAGAAAGAGCAGCUGAGAACAGAGAAUCAGAUGAUGUAUCAUUAAUCCGGAAGAACAAAAUGGUGCUUUUCCAACAUUUGACUUACGUGCUCCCAAUCCUGGACAGUCUCCUAAUGGCCGGGGUGCUUAAUGAGCAAGAACACAGUUCUAUUAAACAGAAGGCACGAACAUCUUUACAAGCAAGAGAGCUGAUCGAUACCGUGUUAGUAAAGGGAAGUUCUGCAGUCACCAUAUUUAAAAACUCUCUGCAAGAAAUUGACCCCAUGUUAUACAAGCGUUUCUUUGUACAACAGGAUAGAAAGUAUAUUCCCACGGAAGACAUCUCAGAUUUGCCAGUGGAAGAGCAAUUGAGGAGACUACAAGAAGAAAGAACGUGUAAAGUGUGCAUGGACAAAGAAGUGUCCAUCGUGUUCAUUCCUUGUGGUCACCUGGUGGUGUGCAGAGACUGUGCCCCGUCCCUAAGAAAAUGUCCUAUUUGUAGAGGCACAGUCAGGGGCACAGUUCGUACAUUUCUUUCCUGAAAAGACCCAAGAC